UAUGUCGUGAUGCCACAACAUGAGGUUAUCCUGGCCUGCAGCUGCAAUACUUUCUUAGUGAGUUAGAUCAAUAACUCACAGAUUGAUGGGCAUUUUCACUCUGAUAAUGGUAGAGUGAUGAGUUAUCUAUGCCCCUCAUGCCUUUUUUUUUUAAGAGUUUCAAAUCCCUUACUCAGCCACAGUGCCCCUUUCCUGUUUUGAAUCCUGAGCAAAAUGAAUACUGACUCUGGGGCAGAAGGUUAAAAUAUUUCACCAAAGGAUCAACAAGGCAAUAGAUACAUUGACUUACCAAAGGUGUAAUCUUGUCAAUAAUGGUAUGUAUCUGCUGUUCUUGGCUCUAUGGAUAUCACACAUGCUGGCUCGCUGUCAUGACACAGGCACGCCGAAAUAUUGAGCCAUUUCACCAGAGUGUGCUGUGAAAGGUUUAUUUAUUGUACUGUAAGAGGUCAAUGUUUAUAGUACUACGUACACUGAUAGCACUUAGUGUUUUAAUGCAAAUAAGUGCAGAGGUUCUCGCAGUUCUUGAUUGAGCUUCAGCACAGGUGUAAAUAGUAUGUACGUGUAAAGUUACUUAUUGUGAUCUUAAAUUGCUCUGUGCACUUACAGUUCAAGAACAGUUUCAGGAAGAUAGAAACUUAUGUGCAGCCAGAAACACGGACAACAAAACUGAACAAAUAAGGCAAAAGGUAUUGUGUACGUACAUGUAGGUGUUUUAUAUAAGGGUAUAGAAAAAGCAACAAUGACCGUAACAUGAAUUGUCUGUACAAGUCAAGUGUCCCAAUAGAAUAAUGAAUGGAUAAUGUAAUGGAUUACAAGCAAUACAAAAUUACAGUAAGAUUAAUAGAAUAAAAUAACUAAGAGGCAAAACAUUUUUUAAAAAAAGAUUAUAAUUGUUUUUUUAGUGCUUUUGUUAAGCUUUAGUGACAUUUAACAGCUCUAAUAUAUAAGCCUUUCUCUUUAACCAAACAGCGGGUUGCAUCCCGACCACUGAAACAUCUCAUUGCCUGUAGUAUCAUAUAAAUGUAUGUAUUGUAUCACAAGUACAGUCUACAUACAGAGUGUAAAGAUGGGAAUGAACCUAUAUAUUGUGUGUAUGUAUUAACAGUGUAGUCCCUGAAGAUGGCAGCACUGUAACAGCAAAUGCACCAACUACCGUAAAAUGUCCAGCAGGCGGCGUAGUCCUGUGCUCGUCCUCAGCACAGUGAAGAAACAAGUAUGGCGGCGUCCAGUGUCUUCAGACCGGGCUUGUUCAACCAUAGAGUUGCAAUAGUAACCGGUGGAGGUACCGGUAUCGGUAAAGCUAUCUCCGCCGAGCUGCUGGAGCUGGGCUGCAGUGUGGUGAUCUCCAGUAGAAAGGCAGAGAGGUUGGAGGCAGCAGCCCAGGAGAUGAGACAGAAAAUCCCUCCAUCCAGUCCUGCACGUGUCACUCCUCUAUUGUGUAACAUCCGAAAUGAGGAUGAGGUGAAGGCUCUUGUAUCGUCGGUGCUGGAGAAGUACGGCAGGAUAGACUUCCUGGUGAACAAUGGGGGAGGUCAGUUCAGCAGCCCAGCUGAACACAUGUCCUCUAAAGGCUGGAAAGCUGUGAUAGACACCAACCUGACUGGAACCUUCCACUGCUGCCAGCAGGUCUACACUGCGUGGAUGAAACAGCAUGGAGGCGUGAUUGUCAACAUCAUUGCUGACAUGUGGAAAGGCUUCCCGGGCAUGGCCCACACAGGAGCAGCGAGGGCAGCAGUGGACAACUUGACAAAGAGUCUGGCCAUCGAGUGGGCAGCCUCUGGAGUCAGAGUCAACUCUGUUGCACCUGGCACAAUCUUUUCCAAAACUGCAAUGGAGAAUUACAAAGAGUUUGGACCAAGUCUAUUCAAGAUGUCUGUUCCAUUUAGCCCUGCAAAGAGGCUGGGAGUACCCGAAGAGAUCUCAUCAGCAGUGUGUUUCCUGCUCUCUCCCGCUGCCUCCUACAUCUCUGGAGCCACCCUGAGGGUUGAUGCAGGACAAAGUCUGUACCACUCAAUGUGGGAGAUACCCGACCACAGUGCUUGGCCUGAUGCCCCAGAGGGGGAGAACCUGGACGCUCUGAAGGACCUCCUCAAACCCAAAAGCAAACUCUAAUUCACUUUAGUGGCACGGUCUUAGCCCAAUGCAUAAACACAUACACACGCUUGGCCAACAAGCGUCAUGGACAUUGAGGUGCACAGGCACCUGAAGCACUGUCAAAGACACCAUGGUGGCCUACUUAUAAGAUGAUGUGAUUUAUUGUUCAUAACGUGUACAUAAUUGUGUCAAAUUAAUAGCAACACAAGUGUCUGAUUAGAAUCCUGGAUAACGAGUGGUGAUAUAAACUGUUGAAAUGUAUGUAGAAUAUUUUUUUUUCUAAUACUUUUGUAAGUAGUUAAAUAAACAUACAGUGUUUUCAUACAAAUGCCUUUACAAAUGGAGAGAAAAGAGUGUCAGAGAGUUUCAAAGUCAGGAGCUACAAUGUCAGUGUCACCUUUAGCCGGCACCUUGGACUCCUGCAGUGAGAUGGGAUAGCAAAUGGUUUUUCUUUACUGUGGCUCACAGAUGAUCAUCAAGAAUGUAUAAAGAUUCAAUAAUGUGUGGUGAACAGAUUCUUUACAUUACAUCUUAAUGUAUGUUUCUAUGUAUUAUAUCAUGGAAUAUCUUUCUUUUUUAAUGUUUAUGGGGAAAUACACAGAAAUGAAAAGGCUUUGGAUAAUAAAAGACUAAUAAAUCUGUGGAUGUAAAACAAA